AUGCCCGAGGGAGCCCGUGGACCGAGCCUGUCCAAACCCAGCCCUAGCCUUGGCCGUGGCCCCACAGGUGAAGUGUGUGACUGUGCAGCUGUGUGUGAGACCCAGACAGCCCCUGCAGCCCCUGCCAUGGCCUCCCCCCGAGGUUCUGGGAGCUCCACAUCCCUGAGCACGGUGGGCUCUGAGGGGGACCCGGCUCCAGGGCCCACCCCAGUCUGCUCAGUGUCCAGGCCAGAGCCACUUCCAGGGCCCCCCAUCCGCCUGCAUCUGUCACCCGUGGGGACCCCGGGUUCGGCCAAACCCUCGAGGCUGGAGCGAGUGGCGCGAGAGAUCGUGGAGACAGAGCGGGCCUAUGUCCGGGACCUUCGCAGCAUUGUGGAGGACUACCUGGGCCCUCUGCUGGAUGGUGGGGUCCUAGGGCUAAGCGCGGAGCAGGUGGGCGUACUGUUUGCCAACAUCGAGGACAUCUACGAGUUCAGCAGCGAGCUCCUGGAGGACCUGGAGGGCAGCCGCAGCGCGGGGGGCAUUGCCGAGUGCUUCGUGCAGAGGAGUGAGGAUUUUGACAUCUACACGUUGUACUGCAUGAACUAUCCGAGCUCCCUAGCCCUGCUCCGGGAGCUGUCGCUGUCCCCGCCCGCAGCCCUGUGGUUGCAGGAGCGCCAGGCCCAGCUCCGCCACUCACUGCCCCUGCAGAGCUUCCUGCUGAAACCCGUUCAGCGGAUCCUCAAGUACCAUCUGCUGCUGCAGGAGCUAGGCAAGCACUGGGCGGAGGGCCCGGGCGCCGGGGGCCGCGAGAUGGUGGAAGAGGCCAUUGUGUCCAUGACCGCGGUCGCCUGGUACAUCAACGACAUGAAACGCAAGCAGGAACACGCCGCGCGCCUCCAGGAAGUGCAGCGGCGGCUGGGCGGCUGGACUGGCCCGGAGCUCAGUGCUUUCGGGGAGCUGGUGCUAGAGGGCGCAUUCCGAGGUGGCGGAGGGGGCGGCCCCCGACUUCGAGGGGGCGAGCGGCUGCUCUUUCUAUUCUCACGGAUGCUGCUCGUGGCCAAGCGCCGGGGACCGGAGUACACCUACAAGGGACACAUCUUCUGCUGCAACCUGAGCGUGAGUGAGAGUCCUCGAGACCCUCUAGGGUUCAAGGUGUCCGAUCUGACCAUUCCCAAACACAGGCACCUGCUCCAGGCCAAGAACCAAGAAGAGAAGAGGCUAUGGAUUCACUGUCUCCAACGCCUCUUCUUUGAGAACCACCCCGCCUCCAUCCCUGCCAAGGCCAAACAAGUUCUCCUUGAAAACAGCCUGCACUGUGCUCCUAAAAGUAAGCCUAUCCCAGAGCCCCUGACACCCCCGCUUGGGUCUCCCCAUCCUCGGGAUGCUAGAAGUUUCACCCCUGGACGAAGGAACACAGCCCCAUCUCCAGGACCCUCUGCCACCCGCCGUGGCCGCAGACAGUCCGAGCCAGUGAAGGACCCGUAUGUUACAUUUCCACAGAACGCUAAGCCUAGACUCAAGCAUGCUGGCAGUGAGGGGGAGCUCUACCCCCCCUUAGAGCCUCAGCCACCAGUGCCGGCUUCCGGACCCCCUGAGGACCUGGAGGACCCUGGACCCCCCACGCUGGAACCCUCCGGGACCUCCAUCACUGAAGAGAUCCUGGAACUGUUGAACCAAAGAGGCCUCCGGGAUCCAGGGCCAUCCCCCCACGACAUUUCCACGUUCCCUGGAGACUCCCAGGUGCCGGGCGACAGUGAAACCCUCACAUUCCAAGCCCUGCCCAGCCGGGACUCUUCAGAAGAGGAGGAGGAGGAGGAGCUAGAGAUGGACGAACGGGGGCCUUCCCCACUCCACGUCCUGGAAGGACUCGAAAGUUCCAGCGCGGCUGAAACUCGCGACGUUCCCGGCCUUAGCAGAAGUCCGGACGCACCCAGCCUCCCUGAAAUUCCCGGCCUGUCUGAAAUUCCCAAGAUUCCCCGCCUUCCCAGUCUCUCUGACAUUUCCAGUGUUUUUGAAAUGCCCUGCCUUCCAGCCAUACCUAGUGUCCCGGACAUUCCUAGUCUCGCCGGUGCCCCCACCCUUCCCUGUGACUCAUGGCUCCAGGGACCUCUGCAGGGGCCCGAUGAGGCUCUAGCCACCAGGAGAGAACCGGUCCCCGGAGGCAGCUUGGCAAAACUGGGAGAACCCUCCUCCGGCGGCAGGGCAGGGCGGGAGGAGGCUGAAGAAGGGGAACCGUUCCCAGAUUUCCAGCCCCAGGAUGUCCCCCGAGAUCAGGGAUUCCCGGAUGGGCUGGAAUUCCGCUCUUGUUCAGAGAUCCGGAGCGCCUGGCAGGCCCUGGAGCAAGGGCAGCUGGCCCGGCCGGGGUUCCCAGAGCCGCUGCUGAUCCUGGAAGACUCGGAUCUGGGCGGAGGCAGCGGGAGCGGGAAGGCAGGAGCCCCGAGUUCCGAGAGGGCAGCUUCCCGCGUGCGAGAGUUAGCGCGGCUCUACAGCGAGCGGAUCCAGCAGAUGCAGCGGGCCGAGACCCGGGCGUCGGCCAACGCCCCCCGCCGCCGGCCCCGCGCCCUGGCGCAGCCACAGCUGUCCCCCCGCCUGGCCCAAGAGCAGGCCGAGCCAGGGCCCCUGCCUGCCUUCGGACAUGUGCUGGUAUGUGAGCUGGCCUUCCCGCUGACCUGUGCCCAGGAGUCUGUCCCCCUGGGUCCUGCUGCCUGGGCUCAAGCCGCCACACCGCUGUCCAAGCAGGGAGGCGGCCUGGAUGGCCGGGGUCUCCAUGUUUCAACUUCGCCUGACCCCGCCACUACCCCUGUGCCCGAGCAAGGAAGCCCCUGGAAUAUACAGAGUGUGGCUGCAGCCACCACAGCCUUGCCCCGGCAGGAAGACCCCCCAGAUGUGCAGGCGCCCGCUGCAGCUUUGCCUGAUCCGGAAGGCCACCUGGAAAUCCAACUUCCAGCUACCGCUCCUUUGCCCGAGCAGAGAGGCCAUGUGGAUGCCCAGGUUCCAACCAGCCCAGCUCUGCCCAGGCAGGGACGCUGUUCUGAUGUCACAGCCUUAGCCACUGCCAAUGUGCCCAAGCAAGAAGGCCCCCUACGUAGCCAGAGCCCAACCAGUACCCCGUUAGCUAAGCAAGGAGCUUCCAGGGAUGUUCCGUUCCCAGCUGGUGUUUGCGACCAAGCCGUCAACGUGGAGCACCCGCACGGAAGCAGCCUGGACCAUCCGACCCCAGGCAGCACGGCACUGCCCUUGCAACGUGACCUCCCGGACGUUCCGCUUCUGGGCACCGCACCCUUGCCGGCACACGGAAGCUGCCUGGACCGUCGGAUCCCAGCCAACACCCCACUGUCUUUGCCCCAGAACCUGAAUGUUCCAGCCGCCACACCUUUGCCCCAGCAACCAGGCCUCCCGGACACCCAAGUCCAGGCCCUCCCACCUUUGCCCAAGCAGGGAGGCCUCCCAGACAUCCAGGGUCCUUCUGCUGCACCUUUGCUUCAGGAACAAAGCUUCACAGACCUUCAGGUCCAAAAACGUACACCUUGGUUGGAGCAGAAGAGCCUCCCCGACGUCCGUGGUCCGGCUGCAACACUUUGGCCUGAGCAAAGAAGCUCUCAGGACAGUCAGGGCCUGUUAUCCGCCCCGGGUCAGACCACCGUGGUUUUGUCCAAACCAGGAUGCCACUUGGCCUCUCCUGUUGCCAGGUCAGAGUCUUCAGAGUUGACCCCACCCCACAGUCCCCCUCCUCCAACCCGGCAACUCCUGGGCCCCAACGCAGCUGCCCUCUCAAGAUACCUGGCAGCCUCGUACAUCAGCCAGAGCCUGGCUCGGCGGCAAGGGCCUGGGGGAGAAGCUCCCUUGGCCUCCCGGGGUCCCUGGUCCUCCUCUGCCCCCGCAUCACGGGCCCCUUCACCCCCACCCCAGCCCCAGCCCCCACCCCCCCCAGCCCGGAGGCUCAGCUACGCCACCACGGUCAACAUCCAGGUCGGGGGUGGCGGGCGGCUUCGGCCAGCCAAGGCCCAGGUCAGGUUGAACCACCCUGCUCUCUUGGCCCCCGCCCAGGAACCUGUGGGCCCUCGCAGGGCCCAGGGAGCUCCUGAUGCCCCUUUCCACAUGUGA